CACAAAUGCUGUUAAAUCUUUUUUUUAGGGCAAAAAUAAUUUUCCAAAAGAAGCGGGAAAAAGUAAAGAAGCAAUGAAUUGGCGCUCCAAUCUGAACUUGACAUCAAGUACUGAGUAUCAGAGUAUGAGUUUUGACCAGUCUCCUCCCCAUUCUUAAUGGGGAUUUAGUUUAGGUAUUUCUACUACUAUUAUUCCGCCAUUUCUAUUGUUUAGAUUUUGAAACUUCCCCUUCUGUUUCUGCCUACAAGUAAAAGCAAAACCCUUGUUUGGUAUAUAAACUAAAAAGGAUCCAAUUUAAUUGCAAAUGAGUUGGUGGGAAAGUGCUGAUGGAGAAAUUCGUGUUCUGAUCGCCCCAGACAAAGGUACAACACAGAUUGGCACAGGACAAUUGCUCUCUCUGCGCCAUCCUAAAUCUGGAAAUGCCACUAAUUAUCUCUUUUUGAAUGAGGCUCUUCAUGAACUUCAGUGCUUUAAGGAAUCCCAUGGCUCCUGGUUUUUAGGGGAAUAUGUAUGCGAAGAUGGAAGCUUAUAUAUAUCAACACCAGUCGAUCUUGUUUUUGUCAUGCUACCUAUAUUUGAGGAUGGUCGAAUGAAGAAGGGAGAUGAUGCAGGGAAAUUCAGACAAUUAGACGAGAUCUUAUUCAUUGACGGCUAUCCUGGAUAUCAACAUUUGUUGCCCGUCCUUGAGAAAUCAAUAAACAUUAUUUGUGAAGUGAAAGAAAUUGGAUCAACUAAAUUCUUUAGGCUUAAUGAUUCUAAGGUUUUAGCUUGGUUGUGUGCAAAGGUUGACAGACUAAAAAAGACUUUACUUGCACUCGACAAGAAUUAUGCUGCUCAGGAUGACAAGCAUACAUUGGCUGAAGCGGUAUCUAUACUGGGAGAGUAUUUGAAAGAUGAGCCAUGGAUGGAGCUUUUGUGUAAUCAUCUAAGGUUGAAUUUACAAGAUUUGACUAGGAAAGUAGAUCAUUGUUCAUCGGUGCCUGAUAAUUUGCGUCAAUCCUCAGUUCAGGAAAAUGGUAAAAUAGAAUCAACCAACAAGCAAGCAACCAAAACAACCAGACAAGCAAAAAAGGUGAAGAUAGAGAAAGAUUCACAUAACAUAAAAGACAUGUUUAGUAGAGCAACAAGGUCCAAAUCUAAGGCAACAUAAUACAUUGAUUGUUGUAAGUUUGUAACUUGUAACUUCCAUUUCAAAUUUGAUGUCAAUCCAUGAUUCUUGUAGUUGUAGUCUACUAAUGUUUUUGACUAUAGUUUUAGUUGCUUCUCUUGGUGUUUUUUUCUGUUUUAACCACUUAUUUUAGUUUUCACCAAUAAUUACAACAACUCUUCUACGUGUGGU